CUAGAGUCAAAGCAACUAACCUUGGGUUAGGAGUUGAGUUGAAAGCGACCGCUUUUUACCAAAUCCUUCGUUUCGUAAACCCUUUUUGUUCGCUUUAUAUACUCUCGUUUUCUGCGGGACCCUCUCACUUUCUCUCUCAUUUCACCGUCACAGCAGCACAGUAGUGUUCAUCCUCUCUUUCUCUCUCCCUCUCUCUCUAACAAUCCCAUCCCAUUUUCUUCUCUGCUCAACAAUUCUCUGGUCAAUGCAGGAUACAGUGGAGGGUACUCUACAUAUGUGUCGGUUUAAUUAACGUUGACUUAUGGCGCCAAGCACUAAAUUUAAUUCCCGCGCAGCUAGUCGCGAUGAAUCGGCUUUCAACGGGACCUUUUCAAAUGAGCAGAAGGAAAAUUUGAUAAAUGGUGAUCCGGAUAAGUCUGCAAGCUUUUGUGAGGGUAAUGAAAGUCAGACGAUUAUUUCUGGUGCUAAUAUGGUGCAGGAAAGUACUACAUCUUCAGGAGAUUCGAAUCCAUUAGCUCAGUCUUUAAAGGUGGAUCCAAAAACCUUAGGAGGUCAAAAGUAUACUAGUCCAAGCAAGUUAAGACGGGUCCUGGGGAUAUCUCUUGGAAACACCCUUCCAGCGGAUUCGGGAGAAUUGAAACGAUUCAAAUCAUCUCUAGAAGAGGCUGCUGCCAAGUCUAGAGACGGAUCAAAAAGGUUGGAUGAGUCUGUACACAGAUUGAACAAAUGCUGGGAGUCCCAUUUAUCAAAGAAGCAACAUCAGAAUGACUCGCUGUCAAAUGAAAGGAUGAGUGAGUCCCAUUUAUCAAAAACGGAAACUCAGACUCAUCGAGGCCCUACAGAGUUUGCAAAUCAAAGAUUAGAAGACAGGCCUAAGAAUUUCAUUCUGAAUAAGUGCAUUCGUAAAUCAGCUGUUGAGACCGAAGGGCCAAACAAUGGCUUUGUGAGACAGCCUUUGGCAAUUGGAAAGAAUAGAGACAACAUCAAGGAUGGUGGCAAGGUUUGUGAUGGCGUUGAAGAGAAGAUUCAAAGGUUACCUGCAAGUGAAGAAACACAAAAACCUUCCAUGUGCACUGUCUUUUCUGGAUCCAUUGAUGAGGAAGGAGAGCGGAAAAGAGUUACAUAUCUAAAGCAAACUAAUGAGUCUGGUUUGCAGUCUUGUGGUGCCAUAGGUUUGAGGUUUGAGGACUGUGAGAAAAAUUAUACCGGUGGUAUUUAUCCACAGACAAAAGGCAAAACUUCAAGUGCACCUCAAACUGGUAAUUUGAUAGGUGGGAACUCAUCCUCCGUAUCUCAUUCUUCUGAAACACUUGAAACCUUGGAGCAACCUUCUAAUGUGAACAAACCUCAUUCACUAAGUGGGACUCUCAAACGUAAGCGUACCCAAUUGGUCCAAUGGGUUGGGCAGAGAGCUCAAAAAAUUUCUCGCUCUAGAAGAGCAAAUGUGGUACCCCCAUUCUUAAAUUGUGAUGAAGUGCCUGUUCCAUUAGAAGGCUGUUCCCCUUCUGACGUUGGUACUAGAACGACCUCUACUACAACUAGUGAACCACUUAUAUCCAAGGGUGCUAUCAACAACAUUCAAUGCGGUAAAAUGAACAAUGAAAAUGGUUCAUCCCCAACCAGAUUAUCUGAAAGCGAAGAAUCUGGCGCCGGAGAAAAUGCUGAAAGUAAAUUGAAGGAGAAAGGAUUGGACAUAAACAAAGGUGAUGAAAGAGCCACAAAUAAUUCCUGCAAUAUAAGUUCCUACAUGUCAGUGACAGAAAAAGAAAAAAAGCCGAACAAAGAAGAGACUGGAGACGAUCUGCGCAGGAAGCGUAGUGGCAGCAGCGACUUUUCAGUUUUGAAGUCUGGCAUCUCAUCAACGGAAGAGAAGUUAGAGAUUUUAACCUCGACAAAGCCAAUUCAAAAUAUGAAGCCUUCUUUUGAAAAGAAUGCAAGUAGAUCAAGGCAGCCUCGUAUGAAGAAAUCACACAAUAGUAAUGCUAUUGCUCAUCUUGGACAUCAAUCAACUAGCAGUUCCCCAAAUAUUGUGGGUAGGUUAGGUGGUGACCGUGAGGAACUAUUAUCUGCGGCCAACUUUGCUAGAAAUGCCAGCUGUACUAGCUGUUCUAGUUCAUUUUGGAAGAAAAUGGAACCUAAUUUUGCUCCUGUCAACAUGGAAACCAUAGCCUACUUGAAGCAGCUGGUUAAAACAAUAGAGGAUGAUCAAAGAUGUUUGUCUCAAGUGCUUUGCCUUCAAAGUGAUGCCCCGGAUGGUGUUGUGCUUAUGGACAACCUUUUGUUGCAAAGUUCUCUUGAAGGAGAAAGAGGGAGAAAGAUUUUAAAUCAAACUGAUUCAGAAGAGCUAUCCUCAAUGGUUGACGUGGUUGACAUGGUUGAUCAACAUCGUGCAGGCAGCUUUCUGCACAGUCCAAUGGAUUUAGAAAAUAAACUAGCACCAUUAUACCAAAGAGUAUUGUCAGCUCUGAUCAUUGACGAUCAAACUGAAGAAACUGUUGGAGAUGGAAACAUAUCAUUUCCAUGUGAACAAGAUGAUUCUCCUUUGGAGGCUUGCUUCUCUUGGGAUUUUGAGAACGAAGUUAGCAUCAAUAGGACCGAACAUGGAUUCAACACUGACAAUGUUUCCUGUAAUGGGAAUGCUACCUUUGAGCAAAUGGGUAUGGAGGAUAAACUCUUACUGGAGCUACAAAGUGUUGGCCUAUAUCCAGAUCCAGUGCCUGAUCUUGCUGGUGGAGGUUGUGAAGCUAUUGAUCAAAAUAUUAUUCAAUUGCAGAAGGGACACUUCCAACAGCUCGCCAAAAAGAGAGAAUACUUUAUGAAACUUAUUCAAGCAGUAGAAGAAGGCAGGGAAAUGGAACCGCGAGCCCUUGAGCAAGUUGCUAUGGACAAACUUGUUGAGUUGGCUUAUAAGAAAAAACUGGCCACUCGUGGAACUAUCGCUGCAAAGUAUGGACUUCCUAAGAUCUCAAGGCCAGUUGCUUUGUCUUUCAUGAAGAGGACUCUUGCUAGAUGCCGGAUGUUUGAGGAAACCGGGAAAAGUUGCUUUCAGGAUCCUGCGUUUAAAGAUAUCCUAUUUGCAACUCCUGUUCAUGACAACUAUGCUGUCUCAACAGUUGCUGAAACUCGGCCACUUGCUCAAAAUUCUCAGCAAGAAUGUGCACCAUCAGGUUCAUUUCCUUGCAGAGAGCAAAAUGUCUUGGGAAAUUCAGACCAUCCCUCCGACCUGGAUUUUGCCAGGAUUGGACCAAUACUGAACGGAGGGAAGAAAGGAGAAGUGCUGCUUGAUGAAAUUGGUGCUAGUGCUUCUUUGGGACCUACAUCAACUCCUGAUAAUUCCAUCCCGGGUGGAGCAACAAGAAAGAGGAGGGGAAGAGGGAGGGGAAGAGGGAGGAAACGAGGAGCUUAUGGGAGAAAUUCUGUUAAAAAAGGCGGUCGUUCUUCUGCAAGCAACACAAGGAGUGAGCCCAAAACAAAACCAAAUGCAGCUCAACUGUCUACUUCUGCAAAAGCAUCUCUUGGCAAGCUGGUGGAAAAUGCUAACUCUGAGCAGCAAUUGGCUUGUGGCUCUAAUCAACUGAUUUCCAGUGAUAACAGAAGAAGUACCAACAAUUUUGCUGUUGAAACUGAGGUACCCUUGGACUUGGCAAGCAUGCCUGAACUAGACUCCAUAGUAGGUGCAGGUAAAGACCUGGAUUCCUGGCUCAACAUUGAUGUGGAUGCAUUACAAGAUGAUGAUAUGGAUGCAUUACCAGACGACGAUGCGGUGGGGGGGUUUGACAUACCAAUGGACGAUCUGUCCACAAUUCUUCUGUGAAGAUGUAUUCUUAUGCAUAUUUGGCAUUUAUGAACCGUGCUGUGUCAGUUGAGUUGAAUGCUGCUCAUACAAUUCAUGCCUCUCAAGUUGGCACUCUUAGUUUUGCUCAUUAUUUUUCGUAUACUUGUCAGUAUUUAUAGUACCAAAUAUAGAAGCCCAAAAAAGGGUUAAAGAAAUAGAAAGAAGGAAAUGGUAGGGCUCAAUUGUUCAUAUGAUCUUGAGCUCCAUAUAGGUUGUAACUAUUACAUUCGUUACAAAACUUUGAUAAUCCCGUUGUAAUAUUCUCUCCGACUUGUAAAUUAUCUCAUCCAAAUUACAGCGUUAGAAAACCUUUUUUUUUUUUGGGUUACUAUCUUAUA